GCGAAUGAAGCUCCCGUCAUGGCUCACGGCCGUGCCGCCUGACCCUCGGGCGUACGGCCACCUCAUACAGCUCUGCGCUGACUCCGGCCACCUCGCCGCCGGCCGCCAGCUCCACGCCCGCCUUGUCUCCCUCUCGGUGACACCGUCCAACUUCCUCGGCUCCAAGCUCAUCUCCCUCUACUCCCGCGCGGCGCGCCUCGACGACGCGCGCAGGGUGUUCGACGCCAUCCCGCGGCCAAGCGUCUUCGCCUGGAACGCCAUUCUCAUCGCGCUCUCGCUCCACUCGCCAGACCCCUCUGCCGCGGUCCGCCUCUUCGCCGGCUCCGGCAUCUCACCGGACGAGGUCACACUCUCCGCGCUCCUCAAGUCGCUCGCCGCGUCCGGGCCGGGGCUGUCCGCGCUCGUGGCCGGGGAGCUCCACGCCGUCGCGAUCCUGCGCGGUUUCGGGGCCGACCUGUUCGUGUCCAAUGGGCUCAUCACUGCCUAUGCCAACGCCGGAGAUACGCGCUCUGCUCGCGCGGUAUUUGACGAAAUGCCGCGGCGAGACGUCGUGUCCUGGAACUCGCUCAUAUCAUCGUACGCUCGUGCAGGAUUGUACAGGGAAUGCCUGGACCUGUUCCAAGAGUUGACACGGUUUCAUGCCGGUGGUGGCGGUGUUGGGCCGAACAGUGUUACGGUGACCAGCGUAUUGCAUGCCUGCGCACAGCUCAAGGCUGUCGAUUUUGGGGUCAGAGUGCACCAGCUUGCUGCCGAGAAUGGGCUUGAUUUGGAUGUUGCAGUUUGGAACUCAAUAGUUGGAUUUUACGCGAAAUGUGGGCGGUUGCAGUAUGCAAGAGAAUUGUUCGAAGGGAUGCCUAAGAAAGAUUCAGUCAGUUACAGUGCCAUGAUCACUGGGUACAUGAACCAUGGGCAUGUUGACAAGGGAAUGCAGCUUUUCUGGCGAGCAGAUGUUCAAGGAAUAAGCAUUUGGAAUGCAGUGACUGCUGGAUUGGUUCAAAAUGGUCGCCAGUCCGAUGUUCUUGGCCUACUGCAUGAGAUGAUUGGUUCUAACAUGCUACCCAAUUCAGCCACGCUUUCAAUCAUCAUUCCAUCAGUUCCUUUGUUCUCCACGCUGCUGGGAGUGAAGCAAGCUCAUGGGUAUGCGAUCAGAAACAACUAUGAUCAAAGUAUCAGUGUUGUGUGUGCAUUGAUCGAUGCUUACUCGAAGGCAGGAUUUUUUUAUGGGGCUCUCAAGGUGUUUGAAUUGACUGGCGAUAGAAGUAAAGUUGUAUGGACGUCAAUCAUAUCAGCUGCUGCAUCCCACGGAGAAGCUGCAGAGUCAUUGCGCCUGUUCUAUGAGAUGAUCAGUGCUGGCACUAGGCCGGAUACCAUAGCUUUCACUGCCAUGCUUACUGCUUGUGCUCAUGCUGGCAAGGUAGCUGAUGCUCGUAAAAUUUUUGACUCCAUGCAGGUUGUGUUUGGUAUCACUCCAGUGAUGGAGCAAUACGCUUGCAUGGUUUCUGCACUCAGCCGUGCAGGGAUGCUGAACGAUGCACUUGAGCUUGUAAACAGUAUGCCGUUUGAACCAAAUGCAAAGGUCUGGGGUCCAUUGCUUAAUGGAGCAGCAGAAUUUGGUGAUAUUGAGCUUGGUCGAUUUGUAUUUGAUCAACUGUUUAUGAUUGAGCCUAAGAACACUGGUAAUUACAUUGUAAUGGCUAAUUUGUACUCAAAUGCUGGCAAAUGGGAAGAAGCUGAGAUCAUAAGGAGCAUGAUGUGGGGAGUUGGGUUGGAGAAGGUUCCUGGUUGUAGUUGGAAUUGAAGGGUUCAAUGGUCUGCAUGUUUUGUUGCUGUGGAUACAUCAAGCAAAUGAGCCACAAAAACUAUGUGGCUGUUGAUGAUUGAGCGAUCAAAUAUAGAAAAGGGCUUGUCCUCAACCAGUCUUAGUCUCUUAGAUGAAGACAAGUUAUACUGAUAUCAUUCAAAAGAUCUAAUAGUUGAGAUGUGAUUAUCAUGCCUCAGAGCACACCUGACUUUUGAGCUAUUUGGACCACAUUAUUUCA